AUGCCUGCGAAAAGCCGCUUCACCAGGCUCGAUGCCUUUACCAAAACUGUCGAAGAUGCUCGCGUACGAACGUCCACGGGCGGCAUUGUCACUAUCGCAUCGUUACUACUUAUCUUAUAUCUGACCUGGGGAGAGUGGGCGGACUAUCGAAAGAUUAUUAUUCAUCCUGAAUUGAUCGUGGAUAAGGGCAGAGGGGAGAGGAUGGAGAUCCAUCUCAACGUCUCCUUUCCUCGCGUGCCAUGCGAGCUGCUGACUCUCGAUGUCAUGGAUGUGUCUGGCGAGGUUCAGACAGGCGUGUUGCACGGUAUCAACAAGGUGCGCCUGAGCAGUGUGGCCGAUGGAAGCAAAGUGAUCGAGAAACAGAAGUUGGAUUUGGAUGCCGCAGAGAACUCCGUACAUCUCGCCCCAGACUACUGUGGAGAAUGUUACGGUGCUCCCGCUCCUGAUAAUGCGAAGAAAGCUGGAUGCUGCAACACCUGUGCCGAAGUAAGAGACGCAUAUGCUAGUGUGUCGUGGUCGUUCGGGAGGGGCGAGAAUGUCGAGCAGUGCGAACGAGAACACUACAGCGAGCAACUCGACGCCCAGCGCAAAGAAGGAUGCAGGAUUGAGGGAGCACUUCGGGUCAACAAAGUCGUAGGCAACUUCCACUUUGCGCCUGGCAAAUCUUUCAGCAAUGGCAAUUUGCAUGUUCACGAUUUGGACAACUACUUCAACAGCGGCGAGGUCGAGCACUCGUUCACGCAUCAUAUCCACCGUCUGCGUUUCGGACCUCCACUACCACACGAUUUCGACAAAAGAGUCGGCAAGAAGGGCAUGGCCUGGUCGAACCACCAUCUCAAUCCACUUGAUGACACUCACCAGGAGACUGAUGACUCUGCUUUCAACUUCAUGUACUUCGUCAAGGUUGUGAGCACUGCAUACCUUCCACUCGGCUGGGAGAAGACGAACUCAUUUUCUCGCUCCCUCCCACAUGAGUUGAUCGAUCUCGGAGACUAUGGUCACGGCGAACAAGGCAGCAUCGAAACACACCAGUACUCUGUCACCUCCCACAAGCGGUCGCUACAGGGCGGUGAUGCCAAGGAUGAAGGCCAUAAGGAGAGAGUGCAUGCCAGAGGUGGCAUACCUGGUGUUUUCUUCUCAUAUGACAUUUCGCCGAUGAAAGUCAUCAACCGCGAGACAAGAGCGAAGUCCUUUUCUGGUUUCCUGGUCGGCGUCUGCGCUGUUAUCGGUGGUACACUGACAGUUGCGGCUGCAGUAGAUCGUAUGCUAUACGAGGGAGAACAAAGGGUCAGGAAGUACCACAACAGCUAG